AUGUUCACCAACGCCUCAACUUCCGAACACGCUCUCGAAAUCACCUGGGAGAGCACCUCCAAAGUGCUCCUAAACGGUGGAAACGCAGCCUUCGCCUUCGGCCCGGGCUUCGCAAACUCCACUGCGCCGCCGUCUCCGGCUCUCUCUCUCCACACCGUCGACCCGGCCGCGUCCCUGACGUGUUACGACCACCAACAAGGCGCCGGGGCACCGCAGAAUUGGACCUGGUUCCAGCUCCACUUCCCCGGCUCCUCAACCAAAGCGAGCAUCUGGGCGUACGACUUCGGCAGCCCGUCUUUCGACGCUUACCGCUUCGCUACUAUCAUAGUGGGCGAGGAGUCACAGUGUGUGAUCCCCUUCAAUAUGGAAGCCGGCGGCGGGGCCUGUGGCUCGUGGACCUUGGCCAAGCCCAACCUCGUUGACCCUCAGAGUUGGACGCUCAACUUUGAGAACGGCGACGCGCAGGAGGUCCAGUUUUUGCGAAGGAAAUAUAUGGUUCCAGGCAGCUUAGUGACACGAUUUACGCGGGGUAUAUCAAUGUGUCUGGGAGUUUCCUGGAGCAGGAAGGGGGACUCGGGGUUGUGGAGAUGA